AUGGUUACCACGAGGCUGACCUGGUUCCUUGAAAUCAGCAACAUUCUUAGAAUGGAACAAGCAGGUUUUAGGCCACAGAGAUCAACAAACCAACAAGUAGCCACUCCCUCCCAACUUAUCAAAGAUGCACUUGUUGCAAGAAAUAUCCUUACGGCUGUUUUCGUCGAUUUCACAUCAGCUUAUAAUCUGGUACGAAAAGAGAACUUUAUUCUAAAAUUGACAAAGAUUGGCAUAAAACACAGUAAGCUAAACUGGAUAAAGCAUUCAUUGGACAAAGAUCAUGCAAAUUCAGAUAUGGAAACGAUCUGUUCAAAUCUAAUCUUUUACAAACAGGCCUACCACCAGGAGUUGUCAAAAGCUGCUCUUUUCAACGUCUUCAUUAUUGAAAUAGCUGAACUUGUACAGACAGUCACGGGCAUCAAGUGCUUACUUUAUGCAGAUGACCUUGUUCUAUGGUAUUCCGCCCCAAGAAGAAAUCUCAGAAGAGGAUGGAAAGUGCCCUAA